CAGCCAACAGCCACCAGCCACACGCUCAAGGGGCAGCGCUGCAGCAUCGUGGAGAUUAAAGGUAAAGGGGGAGCUAGGAUUGUAACGUAGGUGCCUACCUACGUACCUAUAGUGCCGAAUGCUGGUUGUCGUCUGCGUUGUGACUUGCGCAUCAGACACACGCGCCUACACCUACGCCUACGCCCACACCCACCAUGCAUACACACGGCGUACGCACUCAUACACACGCAUACGCACACACAUACAUGCGGACAACACAUACAUACAUACACACACACAUACAUACAUACACGCAUACAUACACAUACAUACGACUCGUAAUAUAAUCUUAUUCCGCCGCCUGCAGCUCAUCACACUAUCUGCAACGAACUACCACCUCAGCGACCAAAAUCACAGGACCGGCCAAGCAGCAGCAGCAGCAGCAGCAGCAGCAGCAGCACGAACCGGCCAGCCAGCCAGCCAAUUGCUGCCAAGUAGGUGUCGGGAACCACGGCGUGCAUGCGUCUGGGGGCGCGCGAGAGGAGGGAGAGACCUUACGCGGACGCCUCUGGGGCCGACCCGUUCUAUUCGCUCCCGUGCCGGCCCACCCCCGUAGCAUCGCCGUCCUCACGUAGCAUCCUGCAGUGUAUGUACAUAUAUAAAUAUAUAUAUACAAUGGAUAAGGGUCCCCCUCUCUGCUCGCCCGGCGAAAGCACCUGUCACCUCGUUAAAUCAUUCUAGAUGCGAUGCGAUCCGAUCCUGAUGCCACCCUGGCCACCCACCCCGAGAGGACCAACCAACCAACCAACCGGCCAACCACCACGCUAUCGCCCGCUGCUACCGUGCCGUGUUGCUAUACGCGCACCCCCUCUCUCCUUUCCGCCGUAAUCUUCGACGAUGCCCGCACCGGCCGCCCGAACCCUACAUG